AUUUUAUUGUGAAAACGGAAUCGGAAGUUUUUAUUAGCUUGCUACGAUCAAGAGUAGCGUAGUUAAAGUUUCAGAAAGUGGUCCGCAGAACGUGCGUAGUGAAAAAUGAACGACAUUUCUGUUGACAGUUUGAUUCUGAAGCUUCACGAUGUGAACGCGGUGAAGUUUGGAGAAUAUAAGCUAAAGAGCGGCUUGCUGACACCGAUUUACAUCGACCUAAGGGUUCUGGUCUCCCACCCGAACCUCAUGAAUCAGGUGUCGAGUCUGAUUUACCAGCGAGUGCAAGAAGAGAGCCUUCAGUUUGACUCGGUGUGCGGAGUCCCGUACACAGCCCUGCCUCUCGCCACGAUCAUCUGCUCCAGACACGAACUGCCCAUGCUCAUCAGACGCAAGGAGGCCAAGGACUAUGGAACCAAGCGGCUGGUGGAGGGGUCGUUUCAUGUGGGUGACACGUGCCUGAUCAUUGAGGACACGGUCACGAGCGGCAGCAGCAUCCUGGAGACAGCAGAGGUGCUCCACAAAGAAGGACUGAAGGUGACAGAUGCUGUGGUGCUGAUGGAUAGAGAGCAGGGCGGUGCGGAGAUGUUGGAAUAUCAGAAAAUCAUUCUCCACCCGAUCAUCUCCAUGUCCAAGCUGCUGGAUGUGCUGCUUGCAGCCAAACGCAUCGACGCUGAAACCGACCGGACCGUCCGCAAAUUCAUCCAGAGCAACAACACUUUCAGGCCCAAGGAGGAGAAUGGCAGUGCCGUUCCAGCAGCCAAAAGGCCGUGUGUGGAACUGAGACGAGGGUUGAGCUACGCAGAUAGAGCUGCGCUGCCAAACGUCCACCCCUUGGCAUCGAAGCUGCUGAAGAUCAUGGAGGAGAAGCGAUCCAACCUCUGCAUUUCUGCUGACGUGACCAGCGCUAAGGAGCUGCUCCAGCUGGCGGAGUCUCUUGGUCCAAAGAUCUGCAUGUUGAAGACUCACGUGGACAUCCUGAAGGACUACACGGCAGCCUUCAGCCAAGAGCUCCAGACCCUAGCUGAGAAACACAACUUCCUCAUAUUUGAAGAUCGCAAGUUUGCUGAUAUUGGAAAUACAGUGAAGCAUCAAUAUGAGGGUGGUGUGUUCCAGAUCUCGUCCUGGUCUCAUCUAGUCAAUGCCCACGCCGUCCCGGGGCCCGGGGUGGUGAAGGGUCUCGGGGCUGUGGGGAAGCCUCUGGGACGAGGAUGCCUGCUUAUUGCACAGAUGAGCUCCCAGGGUUCUCUGGCCACUGGCGAAUACACAAAGUCUGUGCUGCAGAUGGCAGAGGAGCACUCCGAUUUUGUGAUUGGAUUUAUCUGUGGCUCUGAGGUCACCGAGAGGCCAGAGUUCAUCCACGUGACCCCCGGGGUGCAGCUAAAGACCGGUGGUGAUUCGUUGGGCCAACAGUACACAACCCCAGAGGAGGUGAUCUACAGCAAAGGCUCUGACAUCAUCAUCGUGGGACGAGGAGUCCUGGAGGCUCCUGAUAGGCUGGAAGCUGCCGAGUCAUACAGGAAGGCAGGCUGGGAUGCUUACAUAAAGAGCGUGAGCCAGACUAGCCAAUAAGAUCUCAGGCGUGCAUCAUUGUGCAUCAUUUCAGGUUUGAUCUACAACCGAAGAACUUGAAACGUUUACCGACUCUUCAACCAGAACCCAUCGUAUUCUUAUCCGUUUAUUAAGGCGAAGACUGAAGAAUUCUUCACUUUGCCAUAAAUGUUGUUAGAUUCUGACCAGUUUUACAGUUUAUUUGAUUCAAUUUUUUUUUUAUCUAAACCACAAGUUUCUACAGAUGAUUUUAUUUUCCAUUAAUGUUAUUUUUUCAGCAUAAACUACUUUGAUGUGUUGACUGUUUUUCUGUGUCAAACUCACCAUCAGACAUGAUUAUUAUAAAUAUGUUUGUAUUCAGGGGAAAGAGGUAAUCGCGCUCUAAUUGUUCUGAAAUUAUUAUUUUUUAACUAAGAAGAGGAGUGUUGUGUUAUUGUUUGGUAACAUUUUAUAUGAAAGUUGAUCUCCAGCUGAUAAAGGAUCAUAGAAAUGUUAUUAAUGUGUGACAGUCGAGGCCGUUACUGGUUAUGUGUCAUGUUUAACUUUAUUAGAUGCCAUGUUGUGUGAGGUGACUACGGCUGUGGGGACUAAUCUAAGCUGUCCGUGUUUUGUUAAAAAGCUAAAAUCAGGUGAAUUGUGACCGAGAUUAAUGGUCUGAUUCAAUAAAAAGGUGUUAGUGAAGCAGCUAAUUAUGUUAUGUACUUGUUAAUUUCUUCUUAGGUGUGUUUUGUAUUAAAGUUACCAGAAUCAUAAACAGCUGCUGUUGAUUAUUAGGAUCUAUGCUAAACAAUGUUGUGGUUAUUUUUUUUUUACUUUUAGGCCAUUUUUCAGAGGAGCAAUAAGAAAGUGUUUUGUGAACCUGUGAUUAACCAAUGAAAAUGAUUCCUUUCUCUCAAAAUCCUAAUGGAAUAAACAUAUGAGCAUCCUAA